AUGAUGCAGCCAACAGCCGCCGGGCUGCUCGGGUCGAAUCCCGGCGAUGGGAAUCAAGAGGAUGAUGUGGGAGGUUCUGACUCCUCGACCGAAUGCUUGAGCUUCUUCCAUUCCGUCCAAGCUCGAGCUCCAAAGAUGAACAAAAAUCUCGUUGAUCUUGGUAUGCCAACGAGGAUGAUCAUCUCUUGCCCAACCGCCUUCCCGCCCCUUGAGGGCCUUGACGUGAGAUCUGUCGAAGCGAAACGGUCAGACUUGACGCUUAGGGGAAGGGGGUCAAAGUGGAAAACCUGGGGCAAGAAUGGCAGCCUCUGGGAGGCCAAGCAGUCGCAUCACUUCCCGCGCCACCGAACCACGGACGGCAAGAAGCGGGCGCUGAGUUUUGGCGAAGGUUCCAACAAGCAAACGCCACACUGCAUGACACGGGAAAAGGGGGCUGCUUUCAACAUGAAUAUGACCAAAUAUAAGGACAAAGAGAAUGGGUCUUUUCAAUGCGGCCUGCGUCGGCUCACACCGAAAAGAAACCGUGGAGAUGAAUCGAAUGGCAGACAGCCCACGACUCAAGCUCGACAAAACGCUGGUCAGGAGCCCAUCCGGCGAUGUCCGUCAUACGGGGCCUUUUCUCAGAUCUGCUCCUCCGUUGUCAAACGUCCUAAACCCCGUUCAAGCAUGAAAAUGAGGCAUUCUCGCGGUGCUCGAGACCCAAUCCCCUCCAAAAACUGGCGGGUGCCAAGCGAAUCAAAGACACUCGGUCGUCAUUGCGUUGUAUUGCGCCGAUAUUUUCCUUCUUUCAACGGCGGUCUGUUUUCGUGCUUCACUUCCUCCCCGCUAUCGGAUGAGUUGAAUGUCCUGCACGCAUGCCCAAGUUGGAUAUUCUUUUCAUUUUCUCUCGUGUGUUUGAGUUCGUUCUGGGUCAAGGGACUUCUUGGCGCCAGGCGUGUGUCCUAG